AUGUGGUGUCGCUGGUCCCCAUGUCGUAGGACAUUGCGGCAGUGGCCCACGUUCCGAGACCUGUUCACCGCCAUAUAUAUAGAGAACCCGAGGUUGGCUCCAGUAGAAAAACUGUUCCACCUCAACAAAAAAACAAGCGGUGAGGCCCACGACAUAGUGGCACAGGCUCCACUCACGAUCGAAGGGUUCGCGUCAGCAUGGAGCGCCCUCCGUGAGCGUUUCCAAAACAAGAGGCUGAUACUCAAAGCCCAGCUGAAGAUCCUUUUCAGUCUGCCCCAAAUCCGCACCGAGUCAGCUGCAGCGCUAAAAGAGCUUCAGAGGGCCGUCCACAAGUGCCUUACGACACUCAACCUCUCCAAGGUCUCCACAGACAGCAUUUUCGCUGACGGAGUGUUAGUGUACCUCAUAUCCGCGAAGUUGCUGAAAGCGACUUUGGAGCUUUGGGAGCAGUCCGUGACACACAAGUCCGAGAUUCCCACCUGGCACGCUAUGGACAAGUUCCUGGCGGAGCGGUACCUGUCUCUCGAGGUGACCGAGGAUGGCCAUCCAGGCAUGGAGACUCAGGCCCACUCCAGGGCGAGUCUACCCAUGUCAGAGAGUUCAAAGGGCAAUCCCAACCCUACUGAGGCCUUAAGCUCACUAUAG